AUGAUGAUGGCGUCCAGCUUGACUCCGCAACCACAUGCGCUUCAACACCACAUGGAUGCUGCCAAAGAUGCAUGGAAUCCUGCCGAGGAUAUGGAGUGUGAUGCAGAUGAGAUCCGCAUUGCCGCUCCACUCAAACCAAACCGUGUCAUGACCAACAUGGUCUCGUCCCUCUCUAAUCACUCCAUCUCCUCAUCAAGCAGCUCCGGAGAUUUUGAGCCAGAGCUCAGCCAGUCGCUCGGCUCGGUCUCGAGCUUUGACCUCCGCACCCCGCUCAAGCCUAGCCUCGCUGCAAACCACCUCUACGAUCCCAACGGAUCCUUCAACAGUCUUGGCCUCCACAAGCAGCCCGCACACCUCGCAUCCCAUCUUAACAAGAACUUGCUCGCCGAAGCGCUCGCCGCACGAAAAGCUCGCCCAGCCUCCAACCCUUCCGAUAUGGCCAUUGUCGAAGAUGCCUCAUAUCCGUCAUCAGCCCACGCCGGCGCGCCGCCAUCCUCGCAGCAAGUCUCUCCGAAGAGUCUCGCUCCGACGGGCGUACAUGCCUUGUCCAUUGCCUCGCCUUCGUCCCCGCUCAAUCGUCCCAACAAGCCCAAACUGACUCUUCCCGCCCUGGCCCCCUCGGCGUUCGCACGUCCCAACUUUCCUCAAACACCCGGCGGAAGCCUCUUCUUUGGCGCUCGCGAUGGCGCCGCCACGGGUGCACCAGUCAGUCCCUUCUUACCUCCUACACCCCUUGUAGCCUCGAUGAUGGAGGCCGAACAAAGCAAGCGCAUCGCCCGAGGCGAGCAGCGCGACCCAUCCACCUCGCCUCAAUCUUGUCGUACAUCCUUGCCUUUCCCCAUCCUCUCCACACCCCGCCAGGCCAAGCCUGUCCGCGCUCCCCUUCAGCGACAUGGCUCGCUUGGCAUGUCGCCACUGUCGCGUGAGUUUGCCAGCGUCAGCAUGCGCGGAAAGUCCAAGAGCAACGAAAACACCUCGUCCACUGGUUCUCCCCUUCCACGUCGAGCACAAGAGCUGUCGCCUGCUCACAAUCCUGGCUCGCCGUCGACACUCCUCACUCCUCCCUACUCGCCGCUCAUCUUGGCCAAGAGCUUGCCAGAAGAAGCUUCGAUCAUCACACAACGCAGAUCGAGCAGUCCCAGCAGCAGCGUUUCGUCGUCUAGCAGCAAAAAGCUACGAGCCAAAGAGAGUCUUCUCGGUGGUGGGGCCGAUCUCUCGCGUUCCUUCAGCGCCAAUCGCUUCAAGUCAAACACACGCCCAAAGGCGAUUCCAAAGCCAUUCAACCUCGACAAGGCUUUCCCCACCGAUUCGCAAAGUCUCCAUGCCAACCCGACCAGCCCGCAGCCGCUUUCGGCGCCUGCCAUGAAGAUUUCGUUUGCUGACGACGACACCGAGGUCGAAAUCGACCAGCGUCUGAGCCCCGAGCCGAUGCUGCCCGAGGCGUCCGAUUCUCAACUGGGCGUCGCCUCGCCAAAACCCGAUGCUUCGCUGCUAUCGCCGUGCGACGCACUCAAAGCGCCUGCCAUGGAAAAGUCGUUUAGCGCUCCGCUCCCGCCGCCCGCACAGACGGUCUCGGCACGCCACUUGGCCGACCACGAAUUGCAUCCUCGCUUUGCUUCUUUGUACACAAUCGGAGACGAGCUUGGCAGCGGUGGGUUCGGAUUUGUUGUCGCCGCCAGGCGCAACACCGAUGGCUUGCCCGUGGCGGUCAAGUUUAUCUUCAAAAAGAAAGUGCCUGCCCACGGCUGGGUGCGCGACCCCAAGCUCGGCGUGAUUCCCAUGGAGGCGUUUGUGCUCAAGGUGGUGGACCAUCCUGGUGUGGUCAAGUUUAUCGAUCUAUUUGACGACCACCAAUUUUUCUACCUGGUCAUGGAGCUGCACGGUACGCCCUGGCAACCACCAGCUUCCGAGCCUGUCGCGCCCAUAAACGCGCUUCGUCCGGCGCCCAUGAUGCGCCGAUCGAGCCGCGAUCUGUUCGAGUGCAUCGAACAGCACUCCAAGUUGACCGAGGAGCAGGCUCAAUGGGUCUUUGCACAGGUCGUCGAGACCGUCUGGCAUCUGGAUCGGAUCGGCAUCUGUCAUCGCGACAUCAAGGACGAAAACUGCGUCGUCGAUGCCGACUUUAACGUCAAGCUCAUCGACUUUGGCUCGGCAGUGAUCACUGACGUUCGCAAGCCGCAGCCGUACUUUAAUCGGUUCUUCGGAACCAUGACUUUUGCCAGUCCUGAGAUCUUGCAAGGUCGACCGUACCGUGCGCCGCAUGCCGAGAUCUGGUCGCUUGGCGUUCUGCUCUCGAUCCUACUGAGUGGUCAGUGUCCCUUCGCCGACCCAGCCGCUGCGAUCAAAGGUCAAAUCAGCAAGCCCAAGGGUGCUUGGUCCGCCGACGCACUAAACCUUCUUCUCAUGUGUCUCGACGUCGACCCUGAACGUCGUGCCACCAUCUCUCAGAUCAGAGAUCACCCAUGGGUCCACAGAGCCUGGAAGGAACGCGCUGCGAAACUGCAAGAGCCCAACCAAGCUUCACUUUAA